GAACGUGGUUUUUAUUAAGGAGUCAGAGUUUAAUAUUUGAUCUGGUCUCGUGUGAAACAGCAGAAACACGGCGACACAACAAACGAGGCAACGGCUCAGCCAGAAAACAAAGGUUCAUCUUGACUCUGACGAUGUACGCCGCUCUGUGAACGAUGGAGGGUGGAGGUCUCCAUCUGUCAGCAGGCGAACCGGCCGGGCUCCGUUAGCUCAGGAGGAGCAGAGUGGCUGCAGAACUGAGCCGGCUCUUUAUCCGAGUACCCCGGAGUACGGGGCGUUGGCCCGGUGUGACGAGUCGUUCGGUCCCUGUAAACCGCAGCCGAUUACAACCAGCACCUCCAAAUUGGAGGCCAUGGUCCUCAAUCAGAAAUGGGUGAAGGGCGCACUCCAGGUGUGGGACCAGCUGCUGCCCAGGAUGGAGGAGUUUAAGUAUGUCAGGGUUUUGUUCACGAGUGAGGGGAGGCGAGGGUGUCAGGUGGACUGGGGUCAGCUUCAGCCCUGACUCGGGGUUCCACCUCAGAGCUGGAGGAGGGGGCAGGGGAGAGGGAGGUCCUGUUCGGACUGUUGCCUCCAUCAUUUGGGCGGAGAUAAGUGGCAUGGUUAACUGUCUAGCGUCCAGCAGGGGGCGACUGCUCGGGUUGUGGAUGAAGUCUGAUUGGGUGGAUGUGAGGAAACGAGCCUCCUGAUGAGUUUCUUGCUCAGAUGCUGUUUCAGGUGAGACCGAACAAAGCUUAUUGUGGAGGUGACGUUCUGAUCAGAGGAGCAGGGUUAGGGCGGGGCUACACCGAGCGUCUUCGGUCACACCCGUCACGUCUGGUUUGAGAACACAAAGCUGAAGAAAACGCCGGCUGGAGGCUUCGUUUCUGUGACGCGUUCUCCUGAAGCUUCAGUAAAGCUUUUCUCAAAGAAGCAGACUUGAGAGAAAAAAUGGCCUAAAUGACAGAGAAGAACGAAAAACAUCAGUUCAGGUGUUCAGGCUCCACACAGCCCUGACCUUUAACCUCUCUCAACACUGGUCAGUCACACCAAGACAAUAAAACACGGCAUAGCUUCAGCGUCUCAAACACGAAGCCCUAAAUCUGCAUUGUUUCUAAUGGCCAGCAGGGGGCGAUCCAAGACCUCAUCUGAGCUCAAAAAGAUUCUUUCUGUUAAACUGGUGUCAUCAUGUGUUGCCACCAGAGGGCGCUCUCUACAGCUCAAGCAUCCAGCUGGGCUCAGCAAGCUGAUAGGUGUGUGUGUGUGUGUGUGUGUGUGUGUGUGUGUGUGUGUGUGUGUGCUGACACAAAAGCCUGGAUUAGUCACAUGUUUUCUGUGUGUGGGACAGUGAGAUGCGCUCUGGGUAAUAAAUAACCAGGAGCUGCAGCGGGAUGCCACCGCCGCUAACCUUCAGUGUCAGGAAACUGCUGAGAGGCCACCUGGGCCUGCCAGCUGCAUGCGUGUGUGUUUGUGUGUUAGUAAUGUUGCGUGGACACAAACCAAUAAAACAACAGCAAGUUGGAGUGAGGUCAGCCAGUUCAGGUUUAAAGUUUGAUCAGACGUUCAGCUCUGUGAGGACGUAGAGUCCUGAGGUUCAGUCAGGUCGUCACAUGACUGUUAGAGGGCUCUGAUUGGGUUUCAGGGUCACACAAAUGUUUGACAUGGUGAUACACACAUGCAUAUGUGUGUGAAGAUGAGGAGUGUGUGUGUGCCUGCUAUGAAUACACACCAACAGGCCACAGGAAGGAUGCCCUCCUGUGUCCGAAACACAGAGUUCAAAGGUCACACGUUGUGUUUUUGUGUUCCAGUGAUCUCACCGCGUUUCCAGCAUGUAACCUCACACACAUGCAGAAACUACAUGAAGCAGUGGCUGUUGUGGGCGGGGCCAGUUGUUAUUCGUGUGAAAUUAUGUGACUCGGUGGUCGUGUGGGGAGCGAGCGUCUUGGAGAGCUGCGCUGAAUAAACUCGAUUAGACCGAUGAUUUAACUGAGAGCGCCGGCUGUUACCAGCAGCACAGUAGCUGGUCAGCAGCUCAUCCAUCCACAGCAUGACGAAGGUCACCGCAAACGAGUCACAUCAUCUUCAUCAUCUUCACAGCUCUCGCAGCACGAAGGCAGCAUCAGCUCGCAGCGAAGUGUGUGCAUGUGCUGGCGGCUCCCAGACGGCCUUCACAGAAGGAAACAGACGAUGCGGCAGGACGUCGUCCUGUCUCUCCGCCCGCUCUCCGUCCCCAGCCACUGUCCUCCUCGCUAUUCUCUGACUCACCGCUCGGCUCAAAGCAGCCGCUCACUAAACGCCGCAGGAAGUUGCUGCUGAAGAGCAGCUCCCCCACGGGCCAAGUAGAGGUGGCGCUGCAGCUGCCAAGGAUGCAGGAGUCACGGCACCGCCUGCUAACAGAUAUCUGUGCCCAAUACCAGCCGGGAGUGGGUAGGCGGCCGCCGUCGCAGCGGCAGGUGUCGCGGGUGUACGUGGAGGAGCGGUCCCGGCUGCUGUACUGCGAGGUGCCCAAAGCUGGCUGCUCCAACUGGAAGCGGGUGCUGAUGGUGCUGAGUGGCAGCGCCGCAUCCACACGGGACAUUCCCCACAACGCGGCGCAUUACGAAAACCGCCUCCCGCGGCUCAGCGGCUACAGUCGUGCUGGCGUUACCGAGCGGCUUCGCUCCUACACCAAAGCGCUGUUCGUCCGGGAGCCUUUUGAGCGCCUCGUGUCAGCGUUUCGGGACAAGUUUGAGAGCCCCAACUCAUACUACCACCCCGUGUUUGGACGGGCCAUCAUCUCCAGGUACCGAGCCAACGCCACACAUGCUGCACUGCGCUCUGGCGCCGGUGUGACCUUCAGGGAGUUUGUGCAGUACCUGCUAGAUGUGCGGCGGCCCGUGGGAAUGGACAUCCACUGGGAGCCGGUGAGCCAGCUGUGCAGCCCAUGCUUCCUGCAGUUCACCUUCAUCGGAAAGUUCGAGAGCCUGGAGCGUGACGCCAACUUCCUGCUCCGAAGCAUCGGGGCGCCGGCUAACCUCACGUUCCCGGACUUCAAGGACAGGAACCCACUGGCGGAGAGGACAUCCUCCAGCAUCACACAGAAGUACUUCUCACAGCUCAACGCCACCGAGCGGCAGAAGAUCUUCGACUUCUACUACAUGGACUACCUGAUGUUCGGGUACCCCAAGCCCUUCAGCGACCUGCACUGAGCCACUGCCGCGCUCAGCGUGUUUGGCUCUGUUAACGUGUCAGAGGGGUGGGACAAGCUGAGGCUGCGUACCUGUGCAGGUGUGAGAGCUCCAGACUCAGAGACUGAUUUUUGUGUUUGUGUGUUUUUAACGACUUCUGUGAAGUUUGUUGAGCUGCGUCCUGCAGAGAGAAGCUGUCAGAUAACGGCGGGAAUCACAUGGAUGCUUCCGGGCUCAGACGCCGUGAUGUCACACAUUGACAACUUUGAGUCAAUUGCUUGCGACGUUGAGGCAUCAGCCAAUCAGAUCGCAUUUAGCCAAAUCUGCUCCAAACGCAGCUGUUGGCGAAAGAAGCUGAGGUGGUCUGCACAAUUGCGGAGGAGGAUGAGGAGAUGAGCCGAUGUGACCUCUGACCUCGGCGUUGUGGCAAAGACACGGUCGAGAUGCUGUUUAAUAAUUUUCUUUAAUCAGUGAAUCAGGCACAAAAAUAUAAAAAUGUUUUUCACAAAAAUGUCAUUUUAUUAUUUAACCCGACAUUAUGACAGCGAACAAGAAGUAUGAUGCUGCGGACUGACCGAGCUCUGGAUUAUUUUAAUAAAGACCUUAAAUCUGCUCGGGUGGAGGAGUGGCUCAGUUCAUCAUUUAUGUACAGUCUGUUUAAAGCAGGAACAGGAAGUGAGGUAGGAGGUGAUGCUGCAAAUGUGUUUGUGGUGAUUUUCAGACGACCUCGAAGCCUUAACACUGCCUUCUCACCUGUGACCACAAUAAACGAGACACUCUUUGAACACCUGGAGACUCGCCUCUUAUUCUGAUACUCACAGGCUGACCUUUGACCUUUGUGCUCAGGUCUGGGU